AUUUUGUAGUCAGUUGCCAGUGAGUGUCUCUUAUCUCUGAGUAACAGGAAACACCUCCUCCUUAACAGAGUCUGGACUGUUUUUUAGGCUGGUCCUCCUCCUCCUGAGGAUGACAGGGAGUGGAUCAUAGUGGAAGCUGCUCCUUCUCCGUCUGUAGACCAGUAGCUACAUCCGCUCCUCUGUCACAAAAACCACCACUUCGUUUGUAACCAACAACCUCUCUGCUUCUCAGAUAGAACAAUGGGAUCUUAUUCAGUUUUUGGCUGACACACCAGGUCCAAAUUUGGAUCUAACUUUUUGCUUCUGAGAGGAAUCACUGUGAAGCUCUUAUCCUGGACUAAGGAUUUGUCAUUGGUGGAUGGUCUGGGCGGUCCAGGAGGUCAGCGUGUAAAAGACGGCACUGGAGAUGGUUGAUAUUUGAAACCACAGUAAACCAGGAUGGAGCCAAUUAAGAGAGACAUGGAGCUGCUCAGUAACAGCAUGGCGACAUAUGCUCACAUUAAAGCCAAUCCAGAGAGCUUCGCCCUCUACUUCAUGAUGGGCGUCUGUUUCGGCCUCCUCAUGGCGCUCUGCCUCCUCGUGGCCGGCAUCGCCUGCAGAACUCGUCGCCCCCGCAGGCCUCCACCUUCCCCCGAGAGAAGACAACUGAAGGAGUCAAGCGAGGAGGAGGAGGAGGAUGAUGAAGAUGAGGAGGAGAGCAUUGCGGAGGAAGAUGGGGAGGAGGCUGAGAUUUCCAAAGUGACAGUGGGGCCCCUGAGCGAUCGCAGCAGCCAGUCAAACGGGACUCUGAGGAGCGUGAACGUGUUUGCGUCAGCAGAGGAGCUGGAGAAGGCUCGACGUUUGGAGGAGAGGGAGCGGAUCGUCAGGGAGAUCUGGAGGAAUGGACAGCCGGACAUCCUGGUCACAGGGACAGGGACUAUUGGACGAGUUCAUUACCACUAACAGACACUUUGAAUGUGAUCAAUGAAGUACAGCUCACAGACUGCAGAGGGCAGAACGCACAGUGACCAAACUUUGACCAAACUCUGAAUGAUGGUCUAAAGUGAUUUGACUGUAGAAUAACAGACUUUAACAACAGGGUGGUGAGUUUGAAAUGUGAAGAAAUGAAAGUUGAUAUUUUUCCUAUGAAAACACAAAAUAAAACUUAAAUCCAGCAAAAAUAAUAAUAACUUUUGGAGACUCCCAGAGAAGAAAAGGCAAUAAGAUAAAGUAUUCUGAUAAAUAAAUACCUUACAGACAAAAGAAGUUCCCAUCUUUAAAGAUUAUUAAAUUUUAAUGUGACAUGUUGAAUAGAUAGCAGCUGAAAGUCCAACAAAAAUAACUCCCACUGUGAAUUAGCUUGGAGUUUCUAAAAUGAAUUUUCUUAAGCUACAUUGUGCCUGUAUUUGUUCGUGGUUAUUUAUUUCACUUUGUCCUUUAUAAAUGAGUAAAACACUUACAGCCCAGUUGUGUUUGGUUUGAUACUUUGUGAUGUAAAACAGAUUUUUGUACGCAACUAAUUCAGAUCCAUCUGUAGGCCUUUGUAACUGUACCUUUGCAAUGCUAUUAAAUAAAAGUCUAACCACUUUUUUUAACUACAGAAGGAAACAUA